CGAGGCGCCUUACUUUCCAGUGUUCUGGUAUGUCUUGAAGGCAGACACCUUCAUUUCUUCUUGUGCCAGUUCGACUUCUAUACAUGCAAUACACCACCUUCUUUCAUACUCUGCAGGCUGCGGUUCUUCAAUUCGAAUCAUAUGGCGGCGCAUCUCAUUAGAUCGCGACGCCUGCCAUAUCCAAGCGCGAUCCCCGCUCCCCGCAAAUCAUGAAUUCUCACUGUUCGCACCAUGACGAAAACUAUGAGUUAACCAGAACAAAUACACAAACCUCUGAAGAUCGAGAGCAGGAUUUACCCUACUACGAGGAGGGCCAGUCUCAAGAUGACCACCUCCUUUCGGGGCAGUCCCUUCAGGGCAAGGCCAAAGCAGACUCUCCCUACCGACUCGUCUCCUUCACACCAGCGUGGCUUCGGAAGCAACAUCGACCUCGACGCGUACGUCCACGAACAAAACGUCGCAUACGCCACUGCACAUGUUCCCCCAAGUCCUUCGCUCGGCGCUUCGCCCUGUUCGUUUAUACCUUUUUCACGACAAUCCUGUUAAUCGUGGUGGUUGGUGGUGUCUUCUUUCCCGGUUAUACGCAACUGCCCUCACAUUACGAGGCUCUCAAGCAGCAAGUGCUGGUUUCUGAUACUCCCGGACGUGGCAACGUGGGAAAUCAAAAGGUGUUCAUAGCAGCCAGCCUCUUCGACAAGGAAGCCAAUCUAUUCUCGGGAGAUUGGGCGAAGAAUGUCUUGGACUUGAUACAGGUAUUGGGCCCAAAGAAUGUCUUCUUGUCCAUAUAUGUCAACGACUCUGGACCUCAGUCGAAAAAGGACCUUGAAGAACUCGGACGGCACGUGCCCUGUGAUCAUGACCUGGUCUUCGAGGAUCACCUGGACUGGGCCCAUCUACCUCACGUUACACUUCCCGGAAGCUCAAAGCGUGUCAAACGCAUCGAAUAUUUGGCCGAGGUCCGGAACAGAGCCUUACGUCCUCUCGACACCCUGAAUACCACUUUCGACAAGCUACUCUACCUGAAUGAUGUUUAUUUCCAUCCUAUUGACGCUGCACAACUAUUAUUCUCAACUCAUAGCAUGAGCGAAGGACAAACCGAUUUCAGAGCGGCAUGCGCUGUGGAUUUUAUUAAUCCUUUCAAAUUCUACGACACAUAUGCAACCAGGGACGUUGAAGGGUUCAGCACGGGCUUACCAUUCUACCCUUGGUUUACUGCCAACGGAGAUGAGAAAAGUCACCAGGACGUGCUUGACGGGAAAGAUGCCGUGCGUGUUAAAAGCUGUUGGGGUGGUAUGGUGGCAUUUGAUGCUCGAUUCUUUCAGCAACCAAAACCUGGUGCCGAGGUCCCCAUAACAGCUGGGAACCAAAGUCCUAGCAACAUCACCUCACCUUACCGUUUCCGGGCAGAAAAGGACACAUUUUGGGAUGCAUCUGAGUGCUGCCUCAUACAUGCAGACAUUCAAAGCCCCGAACCUGGCAACUCGGGAAUCUACAUGAAUCCUUUCGUCCGUGUCGCCUACGAUACCAAGACACUGUCCUGGCUAGGCUUUACCCGACGAUUCGAGCGACUCUAUACCCCUGUUCACUGGCUGCUAGAUUUGGCGACGGGCGCACCAUACUUCAACCCGAGGAGGCACGAAGUGGCGUGGCAGCGUGUGUGGGAGAAGGUGUGGGUUUCGGAUAAAUCAUUAUCUCAGGGUGGUUCGUUCCAGCAGGUUUCCAGAAUAGCCUCCCACGCAGGCUUCUGUGGCCGUCGGGGACUUGCCUUGAUAAAAGAAAACAUGUACGAAGGAGAGGUCAACUGGGAUUUCGUGCCGGUACCUUCAUGACAGCAUAGCGAUGGCGUUUGGGGUGUCCUUGUG